CCAUACUUUUUCUUUUUACAGCUUGGCUUUCCAGUCUCUCCACCACCAAUUCUGAUUUUCACUAAUUCAAUCCACCUUUUUUCGUAGCAUUAAAAAGCUCCAUCUUCUCAUUCAUGGCUCAACCCUUGUACUACAAUCCCCGCACAGAGACCAACCCCUUUCUUCAACUAAAAAGAUUGCUCUCCUUUAACCCAAUAACCAAAAAUGCCUCAAAAGAGAACACCCAUUUUCCACAAGGUCUCAAAUCUUUUUAAAGUCUCCAUUUUUGUUUCCAAAAUGAGAAAACCCAUCAUCCCAAAACUCAUUUUCUUCAAAAAGUCAAGAAAGCUUAAAGCAUUCAUGUUGCUAAAGCACUGUAAUAACAAAAACUAUGGGAUUAUUGAGGAUUACGAGUUCUCUGCUUCAAGUACUCCUCUUAUUGGUUACCGCAAAAGACAGUUCAAGAAUGGGAGCUAUCGAGAUAAUUUAUACUCUCUGUUUUUACUUUGCAGAUGCUUGGGUGGAUUGAAAGUUGAUAGAGGAGAAUUAGAUUAUGCAUUGCAAUUGGAAACAGCAGCAGCUGCCAAUGCCAUUUCUGCUAGGGAGUAUUUGCAGCCGUUGGAUUUGGGAGAUGAGUAUGAAGAGUCAGUUGAUCAGAGGGCAGAAAGGUUCAUUGAGAGAUUUUAUCAAGAGAUGAGAAUGCAGAGGCAGGAAUCGAUUUAAAGCUGUUCAGACUAGAAUAUUUGUCAUCUGCUACAGCCACCGCUGUUUUUUUUAUUUUAUUUUAUUUUUUAAUUUAAAAAUAUUUGUUUAUUAAUUUGAAUAUUGGUUUAAUGGUUCUGAGCUCCACAUGAUUUUAUUUUAGAAUGUGGAGAUUCGGUCUUUGUAUUUUUUUUUUUUAAUUUUUUUGUCAAAAUUGUUGUGUGGAGCAAAAUUUGUUUCUCUCGAUUCCUUGGAUGUACUUAAUUAAUUAAUAAAAACGUGAGUCAUUAUGUUUUUUCAUAGUC